CGUCGCGAGCGUACGUGUACUUUUCUUCGCUUUCGUUUAAACCGAUGCGCUCCGUUUGCGCAUCACUCGCGCGCGCAACACACACGAGUUACUCGCAAUCAAACGGUCCUGUUCAAACGCGAGCUGACCUUUUUUUUUUUCUUCACGAGAUACAGUUUGACAAGCGCCGCUGGAAGGGUGAAAUUUCGAAAGGAUGAUUAAGAGAUCGCAAAGGAAAUAUUCCCUUCAAGAAUCAUUCAGUGACAAUGAUCGAGCCACGUGACUGUUGAAAAAGUGUGUUGUUUCUCGGAAAAAAUUCGUAGUGUGGAACAGGAAAAAAUCGGUAGAUAGUGACGUGGUUAUCUUGGAAAAAUAAAGUGUACGACGGCUGAUAUGAGCGAAUACAGGAUCUUUCGUGACGUUAAACGAUCGAGUUACGGCCUAGUCGAAACAAAUCCCGUCGAUUAACCGGCACGCGAUACGCCGGAAACGCGAUUAAAACACAGUGCUUCCUUUUUUUUUUUUUGUUCGUUCGUGGCGCAGAGAAAAGCGACAGGUUCGCGUGAAAAGUGAAACGAAGCUGGAUACAGGAAAAGGAGCGAGCGAACGGAAGGUGGGAAAAGAAAAAUGUGGUGUCACGUCCUCGCCGUCAUCGUCGCUUUGUUCACUCUCGUCUACGCUCAAGGGGGCCCGCGGACAUUUUCUGCUAGGCCUUACCGAGGAGGACCAACCCUUGCAACCAGAGCAGUACUUCAGGGUACAGCAGAAUUACCAUGCGACAUUACACCCCCACGACAAAAUGAUUCUGCAAUUCUGGUUAUAUGGUACAGAGAUGAUAUUACACCUAUUUACAGUUAUGAUAUAAGAGGCAAAUAUUCUGAAAAAGCUUCUCAUUGGAAAGACAAAGAUCAUUUAAAUGAUCGAGCGUUCUUCAGAACAAUCCCAGAACCAGCAGCAUUAAAUAUCAAUCAUAUCGAAGAAAAAGACGAAGGUGAAUAUAGAUGUCGGGUAGAUUUUGCUAAAAGCCCAACCAGAAAUUCUAGGAUUCAUCUAACAGUAAUAGUACCACCCCAUAAACCAAAUAUCAUUGAUGCACAUGGGAAAACAGUGUCAACCAUAGCAGGUCCAUACGACGAAGGAGGUGACAUGAAAUUGCAGUGUCUGGUCACAGGGGGUCGACCCGAGCCAAAAGUAAGAUGGUGGCGUGGAGAGAUGCUUCUUGAUUCGAAAGACGAGCCUGGAGAAUUUCCUUCUCUUCGUAGAAAUACAUUAAUAAUUCGAGAACUCUCCAGAGCUGAUCUCCAUGCAGUAUUUACUUGCCAAGCAUCUAACAACAAUAUCAGUCAACCUGUAUCUGCCUCUGUUGCUAUUGAAAUGCAUUUAAAACCACUGAGUGUAACGAUAUUAAGCAGUGAACAUGCACCUCUAAGUGCUGAUCGAAAGUACGAAAUAAAUUGUAUGAGUGUUGGUUCAAGACCACCAGCUAAGUUAUCGUGGUACAUGGAUGGAAAAAAGUUGAACAAUUACACCGAGAAGGUUUCUCAGGAUGGUAACAUGACUAGUUCUCUAUUAACGUUCAAACCAACUUUACUUGACCAUGACAAACGAAUUACUUGCCGAGCAGAAAAUCCUAAGGUUCAUCGAGGUGUAGCGGAAGAGGAGUGGAAACUAAAUGUUUUUUUUGCACCAAUUUUACAUCUGGAGUUGGGGUCAAAUAUGAAUCCAGACGACAUCGAAGAAGGUGACGAUGUGUACUUUGAAUGCAAGGUGCAUGCUAACCCCGAUGCUUAUAAAGUAGUAUGGAAACACAAUGGAAACGUAAUUCAAAAUAAUGCGAAAAAUGGCGUGAUAGUACAGCAAUACGGUUUGGCUUUGAGGGAGGUCAAUCGCUCUCAAGCCGGAAAUUAUACUUGUAUCGCAAGCAAUGUCGAAGGAGAUGGUUACAGUAACAACGUGGAACUUAAAAUUAUGUAUAAACCAAUUUGCGUGCCGGAUCAGAAACGGAUCUACGGUGUAGCACGUCACGAAGAUGCACGAGUAAUUUGCAGGGUCGAGGCGUAUCCUCCACCAGACAGCUUCCGCUGGACUUUUAAUAAUACAGAAGAGAUGGUAGAUGUGCCACAAGCAAGAUAUAAAAACUCUACACGACACACUCAAAGCGUUCUCACAUAUCGACCAGUCACAGAAAUGGAUUACGGGACUGUAUUUUGCUGGGCAAGUAACACUGCUGGUCAGCAAAAGAAUGCCUGUGUGUUUCACAUCAUUCCUGCGGGAAAACCUGAAUCCCCGUAUAAUUGCACCUUGUCAAAUCAAACAACGGAAUCACUCUCGGUGGAAUGUACUGCUGGCUUUGAUGGUGGUCAACCUCAACAUUUCCUUUUGGAAGUUUUUGAUCAGCAUACGGGAAUGCUGCAAGCAAACCUCACAUCCAAAGAAAAUGCAGCCUUUACAGUACAAGGUUUAGAAUCUGGCAAAGUUCUUAAAAUGAUCCUGUAUGCUGUAAAUGCAAAAGGAAGAAGUGAACCAACUCUUCUGGAAGGAUUCACUUUAAAGGUUGCAGAAAAACAGACUGUACGUGUUCUGUUCACAGGUACUCCGGUACCUUUCGAGAUCACCUCAUUAUUAGGCGUAUUGGUCGGAGUGAUUACCGCACUACUUUUGGUUACCCUUACUAUCCUGGCAGCUAUGAAAAUUAGAAAUGAAAGAAGAACUCAAAGACCAAAUGACUUGCCGUUAAAGAAAGGAACAGCGCCAAGUUCCGAGGACCUUUACGAUACUGACGACAGAAACCCUGACGUCGUGCCAGUAAAUAAAGGUUCGGAUUAUCAAUUAACGGGAUCAAUAUCUGGCACACCUUUGGCUACACAAAACACCCCAGACGGACUUAUCUCAACUUCACUUUCUAUUCAGCAAGUGAAUCAUCUACAAGGGUUGUCGCCUUAUUCACACGAGUACAAUAAUUAUCCAACUUUGCCGUUGUCAGGAGAGAUAACGUACGCCGAAUUGUGCCUGGCACGGCCAACAACCUUAUCAACAUUAGCGAACGACACGAAGUUAACGAGCAUAAGCGGGAUCGGCAGUUUAAGUACACUUCCGGCUUAUGGAAGCGGAGUAAUCGUAGGUGGUAAACCGUACACGAAAGAAGCGACGAUCUAUGCUUGCAUAGAUCACAACGCAAGACCACCAAAGGUUGAUGUCUCUAAUUCAUCGUCGUGUGCAUUAACGCCUUUGUCGACCAAAAGCACGUUCCAGGAGUUGAAUGGUGCGACAACGAAUAAUAAAAAUCCCACGAGAGAAGUGGUCACCGUUCGUACGCCAUUGAUAUCCACUCAAGAAAGUUGUGUAUAGGGCUGCGAUUUUGACGCGGUCAACGUUAAUGAAUAUUAUGUUUAAUAUGACGACGAUGACACGCGUCUAGUUACUGUAUGAUGAUGGUUUGAUUAACCGUUUGUCCUACGAUAAGACAUAUAUGAUCUUCGGUAUGCGAUAAGCGUGUAAGGUAGUCAAAAAUGAGAUUCAACGUCAGAUGGACUGAUCAAUUUUAAAUUAAUCGGUAGCGAAGGGAAUACAACGGAACAAUGAGUUUUUUAAAUAUAUCAAUAAUAUAAAAAUGAAGUGAUAAUAAUAUUAAUUUUUUCAUUUUUUCAAGGAUAUUGAUUAAUUUUACUUAAAUUUCGUCGAUAAGACUGAUUUGAGUGUUUCACAACUGUUCAUAUAUACAUAAAUAUAUAUAUAAACCUUGAUAUUUUUUAGUUAACAAUGUCAAUAAAUGUUAUACAAUAAACUUGACAAGAAUUUGCCAAUGAUUGAUGUAGAUAUGGCAUAAUUAUGUUUCACUGAAUUAAGGUACCACCGUAAUGUAAGAGUCUAGCAGGACAGCUAAUUAUGAUUCAAUAAUUUAACUUUAAGACCUUUUGUGUAUAAUAUUUGAUAUGUACACUAUAUGAUACGAGUGAUAAUAAAUUUUAAUUUUUAUCGAUCUUUA